UAAGAUCUCCAUUACACCUUCACACCUGCCCAAACUUCGUCCAGGCACAUCCCAAUUCUUGUCCGACUUGCGGUCUUCCCCUGUUGACGAAUUACCAACUUGGGUCGUGAUUCGCUUUUGGCUUCCGCCCCCAUCCCUGGAUUCACCCUCCGCACCACGCCCCCUUCGUUAUCUUUGCCUUCUACACUUUCAUCCACGCAUCCACGCUCCUACGCAUCUGAACCCUCGCGAUAUCCACGCUCUUUUCCACCCUUCAUCAUGGCUAACAAGCACGAUCAUCAGGCUUCGACAAACUACAAGGAAGCUUUCUCCCUGUUCGAUCGCCGCGGUACCGGCCGGGUUGCCGGUGAUUUGUUGGGUGAUCUGCUGCGCGCCUGUGGUCAGAAUCCCACGCUCGCGGAGAUUGGCGAUCUUGAGAAGACUGUCGGGAGUGAUUUCGAUUUCGAUUCCUUUUUGAAGGUCCUCAACCGCCCUGGUGGUUUCCGGGAUCCCGGUGAGCCCGAGGAGUAUUGCCGUGGUUUCCAGGUGUUUGAUAAGGAUAUGACGGGGUUUAUUGGCGUGGGACAGUUGCGCUACAUCCUUACCAACCUCGGCGAGAAAAUGUCCGAUGACGAAGUUGAUGAGCUCCUCAAGGCCGUCGAUACCAGCUCCGGCGAGAUCAACUACACCGAUCUGGUCCGCACCAUCUUGGCCAACUGAUACCCCUGCAGCUUGCAACUCGAAAUCCUCUUUCUCUCCAUCUUCUGCCUUGGUGGCUUCGUUGUGAUUGAUGAAUUUACGUUAUGGACAUGGUUAUUCUCUUCUUUUUUUUUCUGUUAUUGCGAGGAACGCACCCCUGAUCGGGAUACAACUGGCACGGCUACUUCAACUUUAUUCGGCGCGAGGAGCUUCCUGUAUUCACGCUUGUAUUUGAUCAAUUAUCAACUCUCUGGAAUGUAUUAAUGUCGUGGGCGUAUAGAUCCCGACCGUCCCAUGAUUUUGCUGGUAGAUGAUGCACUGGUACAGACAGCGUACAUUAUCUUUCUGUAGAU